AUGCCUGCUGUGAUGGAGGAUCCCGGAAGCCCCACCAUCUUCCGAGUCCCGGGCCCGACGCCGUUCGGUGACCCGGACAGCCCCGGCCUCCCGUCGGACAUUGCACCGCGCCCGGUCACCCUUCGGGAUCGGCAGACGGUCGCCACCAUCGUGCCCCUCACCUCCCGGCACCAGCUGCCGCCUUCGUUGCUCGUCUACCUUUGCGACCAGCUCAACCGCGAGAUCGACGGCGGCGACACGUACCCGAUGAUGGAGCCCUUCACCGUCGACGGAUUUGCCGACUACUGGUUCCAGACCUUUGGCGCCGUCAUGCUGCUGGGGGAGAUUGGCGCCAUAGACGACGUCUGCGACGGCAAGGACUGGGCCAAGGAGUGCCUCGGCAGCUUCUUCAUCAAGCCAAACUACCCAGGCCGGAGCAGCCACAUCUGCAACGGCAGCUUCAUCGUCACCGACGGCUCGCGCAACCGCGGCGUCGGCCGGCUCAUGGGCGAGGCCUACAUCGACUGGGCCCCUCGCCUCGGCUACACCUACAGCGUAUUCAACCUCGUCUACGAGACCAACGUCGCCUCGUGCCGCAUCUGGGACGCGCUCGGCUUCAAGCGCAUCGGCCGCGUCAAGGCCUGCGGCAACCUGCGCAGCCACCCGGGCCGGCUCAUCGACGCCAUCAUCUACGGCCGCGAUCUCGACCUCGCCGGCGCCGGCGUCGGCGGCUCCAACGGUGACGAGUUCGUCAGCGAGGAGCGCUUCGACAAGAUCCGCUACUACCUGAAGACGACCAAGUAUCCCGCCGGCGCCAACCGGGCGGAGAAGAGCCGGCUGCGCAGCGCCGCGACCCACUACAAGCUUCUCGAGGGCGACAAGCUGAUGCUCAAGGACAAGGAGGUCAUCUCGGACCCCGUCCGGCAGUACGAAACGGCCCGCAACGCCCACAACCUGCACCACUGGGGCAUCAACAAGACGACGGCGACGAUUGCCGAAAAAUACCACUGGAGCCGCAUCAAAGAGACGGUGAGCGACGUCAUCCGCGCCUGCUCCGAGUGCAAGGAGCAAGGAAAGAGCCUGAACCUGAGCGGCGGUCGCAAGCCGACCGGCAGCAGCGCGACAACACCUCCCCUGACCGCCCCGGCGGCCGUGCCCUCACCGGCGCCCUCGCCAUCGGCCGCCAUGGAUGCCCUGACAUCGCAUUCGCUCGAGGAUGCGGUGAGCGCCGAUGAGAGGGUGCUGGCGCUGCAGCAGAAUCACGACAUCUUGGCAUCAUUUUCACAGCCCCAGCUGAGGCCGCAGCCCAGCCCGAGCGCGUACGCGAAUCCAAACGACAUAUCCGUCCUCCCACCCCCCCAUGAUGCCGCCCUCCGCGACGCAGGCGGCGAGCAAGCCGACCCCGGCGACUUUAACCACCACCGUCAUCACAUCCCCAUGCUCCAGGACAGACCGCCGGUCCACGACCCGUCAGCCGUAUACCAGCAACCCGUCGACCCGGCCAUCAUCGACCACCACCACCACCACCACCACCACCACCACCAGCCUCCUCAUCAUCAUCACCAUUCCAUGCACGCCAUGAACCCGAUGCACCCGAUGCACCCGAUGCACCACCAAAUGCACCACGACGCGUCAAAUCCUCCGCCGCACGCCGCCGAUACCCCCUUCGACCACUACAACCAGCACGCCGAGUUUCAGGCUCUCCUCAACGCCACGGAGGACGACGUCGUGGAGGCCGUACCGGCGGACGAGGAUAGGGACCCCGCCGCCGUUGAUCGGGAUCUCGACAUGCUUAUUGAACAGGCCGUCAACGACGGCGACGACGGCGACGCUGCCAUGGAUGUUCUAGAUGCUCAACAGUCACCCUGGGAAGAGGAUGGGAGGAGGCAAGGGGCAGUAUGA